AUGUCAGAGACUUCCUCCCACGACUCCUUCUACGAUUCCUUAUCCGACGUGCAGGAGGAAAGCAAGAAUGUGGACCACUUCCCAGGACUCUCUGCUUUUCUCAGUCAGGAAGAGAUAAACAAGAGUCUCGACCUGGCCCGCCGAGCUAUAGCCAGCUCUGAAACCGAGGAUUUCGACUCGGAAAAGGAGAUCUCACAGAUUCUCAACAGCUCUCCGGGCAGCCUGUGCGCAAAGGAGGAGAAGAAGGAGGAGGAGGAGGAGAUCAAAUUGGCCGAGCCGACCUCUUCUGCAAGGCCUCCAGAUCGCAGGCCAACCCCCGCUCAGCCUCUGGCAGUGGAGCAAGCUGAAAGCAUCAGUUCACCUGCUUCUAGAAGAAAACCUGCCCUCUCACCCCUGCUUGCCAGCCCCAGCUAUAUCCGGAGCCUGCGCAGAUCUGAGAAACGUGGGGCAAAAUUUCCCAGCCCCAGUGCAAAGCCGAAGCCUGCGCCUCCAAGCCAGGCCGGGCCCCAGAGCCAGCUGUGCGACAAGGCCGCUAACUUCAUCGAGGAGCUGACAUCCAUCUUCAGGGAAGCAGCCAAGCCGAGAAACCGGAGCCCCAACGGGGAGUCCUCAUCCCCAGACAGUGGGUACCUGUCUCCUAAAACUCAGCCCUCGGCCCUGAUGAGUGCCACAGCCAGCCAGAGCCCCACCGAAGAGCAGCAGGAGAUGGAGGCCAGACCCUGUUACCCGGGCAGGCAGCCGCCCCACCGCCUCACGCACCUGCAGCCACAAAACGGGCUCCACGUGCGCUCGGCGCCCAGGUUCAUCCAGAAGCUCAAGAGUCAAGAAGUGGCCGAAGGAAGCCGAGUCUACCUGGAGUGUAGGGUCACGGGGAAUCCCACUCCAAGAGUCAGAUGGUUCUGUGAGGGGAAGGAGCUACACAACACUCCUGACAUUCAGAUUCGCUCUGAGGGCGGGGACCUCCAUACCCUGACCAUCACAGAGGCCUUUGAGGACGACACUGGCCGCUAUACCUGUCUGGCGACAAACACUAGUGGCUCCGACUCAACCUCUGCCGAGGUGUUCAUUGAAGGAGCCAGUUCCACGGAUUCUGACAGUGACAGUUUAGCUUGCCGAUCAAAAGCUGGAGCAAUGCCACAAGCUCAAAAGAAAACAACUUCUGUUUCCUUGACCAUAGGAGCAUCCUCUCCAAAGACAGGAGUAACCACAGCUGUGAUUCAGCCUUUGUCAGUCCCUGUUCAACAGGUUCACAGUCCAACUGCACAUCUUUGCCGCACCGAUGGAACCACCUCAGCCUGCUUUCCUCCUGUUUUUACAAAGGAGCUGCAGAACACGGCAGCCUCGGAGGGCCAGGUGGUCGUCCUGGAGUGCCGGGUUCGAGGGGCGCCCCCUCUACAGGUGCAGUGGUCCCGCCAAGGAAUUGAGAUCCAAGACUCUCCAGACUUCCGAAUUCUACAAAAAAAACCCAGAUCUACAGCUGAACCUGAGGAGAUUUGCACCCUUGUCAUCGCUGAGACUUUCCCCGAAGACGCUGGCAUCUUUACCUGCUCAGCAACAAAUGAGUAUGGAUCAGUGACCAGCACUGCCCAACUAGUUGUCACUUCGGCCAACACUGAAAAUUGUAGCUACGACUCAUUGGGAUAUGCCAACAAUGACCACUUCCAGCACUUUCCACCGCCCCCUCCAAUCUUGGAGACGAACAACUUUGAGUUGGCAUCCAAGAAACCAUGUGAGAUCCAGCAGGUGAACAGCCCUGACUUAGGACUCAGCAUGGCAGCCCUUCAGAUGCAAUUCAGUUCUGCCGAGAGGGAAACCAACAGAGUCCACCCCAGCCAUGGAAUGAAUGGACUGAUGAAUGGCAAGGCCAACGCUAAUAAAUCUCUUCCGACACCAGCGGUCCUGCUUUCACCCACCAAGGAGCCACCGCCCCUGCUUGCCAAACCAAAACUGGACCCCGCGAGGCUGCAGCAGCUGCAGACCCAGGUCCGCCUGGAGCAGGAGUCCGGCCUGCGGCCCCCGGCGCCGCCCUCGCCGCCGCCCUCGCCGCCCUUCCCGCCGCCGCCCGCCUGCCCCGAGCCGCCGGCCUCGCCCGCCGGGCCCGAGCCCAUGAGCGCGCUGGCGCCCCGCGCCGCCGCCAUGCAGUCCUCCGGAUCCUUCAACUACGCGCGCCCCAAGCAGUUCAUCGCCGCGCAGAACCUGGGCCCCGCGUCCGGACACGCCACGCCCGCCUCCAGCCCCAGCAGCUCCAGCCUCCCGUCGCCCCUGUCCCCGACGCCCCGUUCGCUGGGCCGCGCGCCCGCGCCGCCCUUCGCGUCGCCCUUCGGCGCCGACGCCCCGUGGGGCCCGGCCUCCCCGUCCCCGCCGCCUCCGCCGCCGCCCGUCCUCAGCCCCACCGCGGCCUUCCCGGUGCCCGACGCCUUCCCGCCGCCGCCGCCGCCGCUCCCGGCCUCGCCCUGCGCCCCGCCCGGGGCCCGCCUGCACGGACAGACGCCUGCCGCCUUCCUCAGCGCCCUGCUGCCGUCCCAGCCACCUCCCGUGGCCGUCAACGCCCUGGGGCUGCCCAGGGGCGUUACCCCCGCGGGAUUUCCAAAGAAGACGGGGAGAACUGCUAGAAUCGCCUCCGAUGAAGAGAUUCAAGGCACCAAGGAUGCUGUCAUUCAAGAUCUAGAACGAAAACUUCGCUUCAAGGAGGAUCUCCUGAACAACGGCCAGCCGAGGUUAACAUAUGAAGAGAGAAUGGCACGCCGAUUGCUUGGUGCAGACAGUGCAACCGUCUUCAAUAUCCAAGAGCCAGAAGAAGAGACAGCGAACCAGGGCUUUGGGCCUCCUCCUGCUUCUCUAGGGAGUCCUCUGGACGGUCAAAAGGAAUACAAAGUCUCCAGCUGUGAACAAAGACUCAUAAGUGAAAUCGAGUACAGACUGGAAAGGUCUCCUGUGGACGAAUCGGGGGAUGAAGUUCAGUAUGGGGAUCUGCCUGUGGAGAAUGGAGUAGCGCCAUUCUUUGAGAUGAAGCUGAAACACUACAAGAUCUUUGAGGGAAUGCCGGUGACUUUCACGUGCAGAGUGGCCGGGAAGCCCAUGCCUAAGAUCUAUUGGUUUAAAGAUGGGAAACAGAUUUCUCCCAAGAGUGAUCACUACACCAUUCAGAGAGACCUGGACGGGACCUGUGUCCUCCACACUGCAGCCUCCACCCUCGACGAUGAUGGCAACUACACCAUCAUGGCUGCCAACCCUCAGGGCCGUGUCAGCUGUACUGGACGGCUAAUGGUGCAGGCUGUCAACCAAAGAGGUCGCAGUCCACGCUCACCCUCCGGCCAUCCUCAUGUCAGAAGGCCUCGAUCUAGAUCAAGAGACAGUGGGGAUGAAAACGAACCAAUCCAGGAGCGAUUCUUUAGACCGCACUUCCUGCAGGCUCCCGGAGAUCUGACUGUUCAAGAAGGGAAACUCUGCAGAAUGGACUGCAAAGUCAGUGGGUUACCAACCCCAGAUCUAAGCUGGCAACUAGACGGAAAGCCGAUACGCCCGGACAGUGCUCACAAGAUGCUCGUUCGUGAGAAUGGGGUGCACUCGCUGAUUAUAGAGCCAGUCACGUCUGGAGACGCCGGCAUCUACACGUGUAUAGCCACCAACAGAGCAGGACAGAACUCUUUCAGCCUGGAGCUCGUGGUUGCUGCUAAAGAAGCACACAAACCCCCUGUGUUUAUUGAGAAGCUACAAAACACAGGAGUUGCUGAUGGCUACCCUGUGAGACUGGAGUGCCGGAUUGCAGGUGUACCACUGCCCCAGAUAUUCUGGAAGAAAGAAAAUGAGUCACUCACUCACAGCACUGACCGAGUAAGCAUGCACCAGGAUAAUCAUGGCUACAUCUGCCUGCUCAUUCAGGGAGCCACAAAAGAAGAUGCUGGAUGGUACACUGUGUCAGCCAAGAAUGAAGCAGGGAUUGUGUCAUGUACUGCCAGGCUGGACGUUUACACCCAGUGGCACCAGCAGCCACAGACCACCAAGCCAAGAAAAGUACGGCCCUCAGCCAGUCGCUAUGCAGCACUUUCAGACCAGGGGCUAGACAUCAAAGCCGCCUUCCAGCCUGAAGCCAACCCAUCUCACCUGACACUGAAUUCUGGCUUGGUAGAAAGUGAAGACCUGUAAACUUGUUAAAGCUGAGAUGCGGAACAGCCAUUGCUUUGACCAAUGUAGUCCUGUCACAUUAAGUAAAAUUGACUUAUAAGAAAUUUUUUGAAACCACCAAAAUAAUAUCUUUUCUUACUUGAUAGAGAGCUUAAGUAGAUGAGGCUUAUAAAAAAAAAUGUACACAUUGCACAGAAAAAGUCACACCAUGUUUUGUCCAAUUCAAAACAUUUGGGAUUGCUGUGAUUCAAGUGGUCUGAAAUGCCAAAAUGCUAAAGGAAAUCAGUUAUCCCAAGGUAGCCAUGAUUUAUAUUAUGGACAAGUGCCUUUCAACACAAGCUCUGGGUGCUAUGUGGCAUGGUGGGAUGCAAUGUUGAAGGUGAUGCAGCGAUGACUCUACAGUGCAGGGUGGAGACCGCAAGUGCAAUAGGGAAGGGUGCACAGAGAAGAGGGACUGCUGGAGAGAGCCAAGAAAAUGCCUUGUCUUUGCAAACUAUUUCAUAUUCAACCGUAAGGACGCCUUCAGCGUUAUUCAUACCCUGAGUUUUCUAGUGAGGUGAGUCGCCUUAUUCUUCACCUCUUUUGUGUAGUACUUUCUUUUCAUGCUGCCUUGAUAGGAAGCUUCUUCACAAUCCCUAUUCAAAGGCUAUAAACAAUUCUGAAUAAAACAGAACUGUAUUGCAGUCCAUUCCACAAGAGGCAUCAGGACCACCCAAACGACCACGGUGCAUAGUAUUUGGUGGCAAUGAGUUUGGAAGGAGUCGGAAGGAGCUGAAGGCCAAAGCGACCAGCACAAUUAUACUGUAACCAUGUGGAGAAAAGCAGAAGGGGCAGGAGACGUGGCAGAGGCCAAGCUUUUCUUUGGUUUUCUCCAAAAUUAACCACAAAAUAGAGAUUAAAAAAAAAAUACUGCCAUCCAAAGGUCAAGGAAUCUAGGGUAAGCUGCAGGUUUGGCACAGAGGGCAGUGGAUCUGAAAUGUGGGUAGUCGCUGAGGAACUGGGACGAGUAAAGCAAGUUGAAAAUGGGCUGAGACUGUAAGAGUAGCAGUAGUGAGAGACUGCCUGUAGUCCACUCGAGGGAAAUGGACACUUAAAGAGAGCCAGAAACUGGCUGGUGCUAUAUGUCUUUCCCACUGGCACUAGGAUACAAUGGAUGGAAAUGAGGGCUUCACUUCGCUUCUCUGCUGCCCUGAAACCUUGCCUCAUGAAGGUGCUGGGUGCUGAGUAAUUUUUAAAGGCAUCUCUGCUUUUUUGAAUGUGUAUGAUUCAUCAGCUUUAUACUGAAUUUGAUUCUGACCAGACUUGAUGGUUUUAAGUCGGAAGCAAUAAAACUCUCGGAGGAAAAAAAAAAUAAUUUGGCCAACUAGACUAAAACAUGAGGCCUUAAUGGUACUUUGCUAUGGAAAGAAAACACUGUAUUCCUUACGCAAAACACAUAUAUAGCUUUCAUUAUUUAUAAGUGUUGGACUUUCUUAGCUCAGUUAUUCAAUUCAUAUGUAUUUUUAAAAAUAAUUUUAUAACUGUAACCACCCCAUAUAUUUCAUAUUACAGCUUCACAUGUACAACUUUCUAUUUCUUUUUAAGAACACCAACCGAGUUUUAAGUGAUAAAUAGGCUUGAGCACAGGGUGGCAGAUUUUCUAUGCAGCGUGGUACAAGUUUCUUUGACCACAGUUAUAUUCAUUGCUAAUAUGGAACUUCAGAUACCAUAGAGAGUCUCAUGGACUUAGCUAUAUUGUAGAAUUAUGACUUCUCUGUCAUAUCUUACUUGCCAAAUUUGUCUGAAUGUGACUUUUUUUUUUUGCUAAUUUGUUGGGUUGGGGAUUAACUAGCAUUACUUUGCCACCUUUUAUGUUAUAUUUAUAU